AAUGUGAUUUCCUUGAUAAACAAACCACUUGAAACUUGCUCAAUAUCUGUACAACCGGGUCUCACUGCUCGUAUCUUCACAUAAGACAAGAGCAGACACGUACACACAAACGCUCAGCUUACAAGGAGACAGACAUGGUGCGAACACAUAAUAACCCGGAAGUUCCGUUCGUGUCUUUCAUGGACACAGACUGGAUCCAGAAGAUCACCAUUAAGGGCCGAGCCCCAGCCGGAGCUUCAAGAUUUACACUGUUUCUCCAACGAGGUGCGGAGUCGGAGCCCGAUGAGGUUGCUUUUGUGUUAGAUGUUCGUUUCAACUACGGAGCAAACACCAACAAAAUAGUCACAAACUGCAAGAUCGAAGGAGUUUGGCAGACAGAGGAAGCCGGGGAAUGUCCCUUCCCUUUUAACUACGAGGAAAACUUCAAAAUCAAGAUCAUAGUCGAAGAUGAUUACUUCAGGGUGAAGGUGAACGAUGAAGAAUUUCUGGAAUAUGGACAGAAACUCAGCAUGAAGUCUAUCAACUGUCUUAGAAUAGAAAAUGACGUCAUACUGGAAAAAGUUAAACUGGAAUAAGUCAUAGACAAUAAAGUUCCUAAUACAUCAGUUUUGAUGAACUAAUGAGCUGUAUUCUCCUAUUGUUUUGUGAAUUACAAUGAAGUCUCACAAGUAUACCAUCUAUAAAUAAAAGUCAAGAGUAUAAAAAAGUGAAACUUCUCUUCAUAGUCUGCUUGAUUUAGUGUUUUCCUAGUUUUUCUAUGCAGAUUUAAUUAGGUUAGCCUCUUGAUAAGGCCCUCCAUGGUUUAGAAGUUGAAAUGUUUUACUGUCAGGAUAAAAUACUGGAACAUUCUAAAAAUGUUUGGCAUGUGAUUGGUUGAACAAGCAUGAUUGACUCUAGCUUACACAUAAGUUUAAGAAGACAGCUUUUCUUGCAGAACAACAGUAUUUUUCUAUGAUGAAAAUCUAGAGGACCUCACCGAUGAAAGCAAGAUAGUGUCAUAUGUAGCAAAUAAAAUAAUUAAAAUGGUUGAAUUAUUAUAAUAGCUAACCAACUAUGUAUACAUAUAUUGUCAAAGAGAAAACAACAAAUAAAGUAUCUGUGAAAUGUU